AUGCUGGUCACCAAGCUACUGCAGCUCCUCGUCGGAGUUUGCCUCAUCCCUUGCGUCGCUGCGGAUGCUGGCGAUGGCCGGUCCAACAACCUUUUCACCUACAUAGCCACGGAGAGCCGUGCCGUCCCCGAGGCGGAGCUGAUGUUCUCCACCUCCGAAGAGGUGUGCGAGCUCUGGAACAGCCACGAGAUUGUCAGGGUAAUGGGUGAGGGACUGAUGCGGGAAUUCAUCAUCCUCUUGCCUGAGGACGGGAAGAUGGAGGGGCGAACUCGAACCCACAGAGUCAGGCUAAUUCCAACAAGGAAUAGCGACCAAGAGUUGGUGGAAAUGACGCUGAACCACAGCAACAACAAGUCUCCCGAGAAAUAUGAUCAGUCAUUGUAUCCACCUGUGUCGCGUCUGCCUAGCUAUGUUUCAGAGGGCACAAUGGUUUGCCUCGCGAGCUUGGCAGCUGUGCAAGAUUGUGAUGGACCCAAAGUCUCAGCCUCUAAUGCAAGGAAACGAAAGGAUAUAAAUUGGAUUGGUUGGCAAUGGAUGUUGGGGUGGAUUGAGGGAAAGCUCCCUCGUUGGAUGUAUCCAGAGUCUCCGGAGACAGACGGAGCGGUCCAAGAUCCGCGGUCCAAGAUCCGCAAUCCAAGAUCCGCAAUCCAAGAUCCGCAAUCCAAGAUCCGCAAUCCAAGAUCCGCAAUCCAAGAUCCUCAGUCCAAAUCCGGCGGGCUGUGGGGAGCUGGAGGCUCAGCCGCAUCCCCGCUGGCAUGAGCACCGGCAAACGGAAACCCUCCCGGCAACCGGACGAGGAUACGGAUCCGGCAGUCCGGGGCCAGCAUUCCGAUACUCGGUUCGAAGCCGACAGGAUGAUGAAGGUGGGUGACUUGAC